AUGGCCGCCCCUCCAAUCAAAGAACGCACCCCUAUCAAGGACCUGCAAAAGGUCUUCCACUACACCGACACCAUGACCCGCAAACCAACCCGCGACAACGACCCCUACGAGUACACGGCCGGGUUCGGCAACAGACACCAGUCCGAGGUCAUCCCAGGCACGCUACCUGCUGGUCAGAAUAACCCCCAGGCCCCGAGAUUCGGUCUAUACACAGAGGGCAUCACAUAUUCGGCGUUUACGGCGCCCCGGCAUUCCAAUUUCAGUACUUACAUGUACCGCGUUAGGCCGGCUGCUGCUCAUAAUGGAUACAAGACCAAUAUCCAGCACAAAGCAGAUAUCGAAAACUGCUUCUUAACGCUUAACCCGCGCGUCGCUACACUAGCAGAACAGGGCGAGUGGGCUCCCUUCCCCUUGCCCAAGGAAGACGAGAAGAUCGAUUUUGUUGAUGGACUGCACACCAUCGGUGGAAGUGGUGAUCCGAAUCUACGUGAGGGAAUCGCAUUAUAUGUUUUUAUGAUCAAUGCCGACAUGGAUCACCGAGCCUUCUGCAAUACGGACGGUGACUUCCUUAUAGUAGCACAGCUGGGGAACCUGGAUAUCCAAACCGAGCUGGGGAUGUUGUUCGUCCAACCCGGCGAGAUCUGUGUUAUCCCACGCGGAAUCCGCUUUGCUGUGCGUUUGGGCCCUGGUCAUUCUGCUGCGAGAGGGUACAUCACUGAGGUAUGGGGAUCGCGGUGGGAACUCCCUGACUUGGGUCCGCUUGGAGGUCAUGGACUUGCGAAUCCGAGGGACUUCUUGCAUCCUGUUGCGCACAUUGAUGAGAAUUUACAUGAGGAUUGGACUGUCGUCAAUAAGGCGAAUGGACUGUAUAAUGCUCUUGAGCAGGACCAUAGUCCGUUUGAUCUUGUUGCGUGGCAUGGCAAUGUCGUUCCUUACAAGUACGACCUGACCAAAUUUUCCUCCCAAAACGCAACCUCGAUCGACCACACCGACCCAUCCGUAAACUGCGUCCUUACAGCUCCCUCACGCGACCCCGUCACCCCUCUCGCCGACUUCCUCUGGUUCGGCCCCCGCUGGGACGUCGCCUCGAAUACCUUCCGCCUGCCUUACUUCCACCGCAACUCGGCGACGGAGUUCCUGGCCUCCCUGUACGGGAAUGGCCUCGGCCGGUCUGACGACUUCUUACCUGGCGGCGGGAGUGUAGAGAUCAGUCACACGCCGCAUGGGAAUUUCAGUCCGGAGUAUGUUUGGGAGAGUAGAGAGCAGGUUAAUGAGCCGAGGAGGAUUCUGGAGAACCAAAUGACCAUUAUGGUUGAGAGCAGCCGGUCGUUCCUCUUCACCGAGUAUGCGCGCUCUGGCUGUGGUGUGUUUAAAGACCAGGGCACGGAUCCGAGGGCCUGGGAUGCGCUUCCGGAUAAGUUUUCGGCUUAUCCUAAUAUUCAGGAGAUACUGCGCCAGGUGAAGAAGGAUAAGCAGGAGAGGAAAGAGCGGUUGGAGGUGUUUUAUGAUGAUGAGCGGUUGGCUGAGUUGGCGAAGUGA